AUGUUCUCCAAGCUUCACCACCCCCACCACCUACAGCACCAAACCCAGCAACACCACCAAACCCAAACCCAAACCCAGCACCACCACUUCCCAAACCCAUUCCAAGCCAUCACCACCCAUCGCGAAUGCCAAACUUCCGAGGAAGAAGACACCAGCCGCACCAGCAGCGGCACCGCCACUGUCACCACCAACCCCUCCGCCCAAAACCCCAAGUCCUCCACCGCCGCCGACCCUUCCAACCCAUCUGCCGAUGGCGCCACCAUCGAAGUCAUCCGACGGCCCAGAGGCCGUCCACCUGGCUCCAAAAACAAGCCCAAACCUCCUGUCAUCAUCACCCGAGACUCAGAGCCCCCUAUGAGCCCCUACAUUCUCGAAGUCCCGGGAGGAAGCGACAUCGUCGAGGCCGUCUCCCGCUUCUGCUGCCGCAAAAAUAUCGGCCUCUGCAUUCUCACCGGCUCCGGAACAGUUGCUAACGUCACUCUCCGUCAACCGUCAACUACACCCGGAGCUACCGUUACUUUUCAUGGCCGCUUCGACAUCCUGUCAAUCUCCGCCACCUUCCUCCCCCAAACCACGCCGUCCUGCCCCGUCUCCGUCCCCAGUGGCUUUACCAUCUCCCUCGCCGGCCCGCAAGGCCAGAUCGUCGGCGGCUUAGUGGCCGGGGCCCUCGUGGCGGCUGGGACUGUGUACGUCAUCGCCGCGUCGUUUAACAACCCGUCUUAUCAUCGGCUUCCCGGGGAAGACGAGGCGGUUAGGAACUCGGGUUCGGGCGAUGCCCACUCGCCGCCGUUGUCUGGGGGUGUGGAGAGUGGGGGGCACGCGCCGCCGUCAUCGCAGUCAUGUGGGAUGUCCAUGUAUAGCUGCCACUUGCCUACUGAUGUCCUCUGGGCUCCAACUGCAAGGCAACCACCACCUCCACCGCCUUACUGA